AUGAGUAAGAUAGGAAUAAACAAUAAUUAUGUACAUCGACCUAAAGUAAAUCGUAGCGAAAUUAUUUCAAAUAUUGAAUGCUUAUUUCACCAUGCAUCUGGAAUACACAAUGAGCUCACAGAUUUUACAAAAUGGGACGAUGACUCUGCGACACUAAACAAAGAGCUACGUAUACUCGAACCGAAACAACUAGCAUUAGCUUCUGAUUUGAAAAGCGUAACAGAGAAAUUCUUUUAUCGUACGAUAAAGUCUAGUAAAUUCGAGUCUUAUGAAGAUGAUGAAAUAUUGAGAAAUCUAGCGAAUGAUAAAUCUAUUUAUAUUACUCGUCCCGAUAAAGGUCGAGGAGUUGUUAUUCUUGAUAAAAUGCAAUAUAUAAAUAAAGUUGAAACCAUUCUAAAUGAUAAUACAAAAUUCACACGAUUAGAUAAAGAUCCGACAAUUACACGGAAAAAUUCAUUAACAACACUACUAAGAGAAAUCAAAAACGAGGGUUGUAUUACAGAACAAGAAUAUCAAAGGUUCAGACCAGUCGGUUCUAUACCAGCCAGAUUAUAUGGUCUACCAAAAACUCAUAAAAUAGGUGUUCCUAUACGUCCUAUUAUUUCUUGUUUGCAAUCAUAUAACUAUGGAUUAGCUAAAUUCCUAGCGAACAUCAUUACUCCAUUACGUAAUAGUAAAUAUUCAUUGAAAAAUACUGAUGAAUUUCUAACAUUCUUAAAAUCGAAUCCACAGUUAGCAAAAUUUAAAAUGAUUAGUUUUGAUAUUGAGAGUUUAUUUACAAAUAUACCAGUGAAAGAAACUAUAGAUAUUAUAUGUGAUAAAUUAUAUCGCACCAAACACAAAUCAAAACUGUUUAUCCCGGAAGUGUAUUUUAGAAAAUUACUUAAUUUCGCUACUUGUGGUACUCAUUUUAUUUUCAACAACAAGUAUUACAAACAAACAGACGGAGUAUCAAUGGGCUCUCCACUAGCCGCUAUUUUUGCCGAGAUAUUCAUGGUAAACUUUGAAGAACAACAUAUUUCCAAAAUAAUUAACAAUGAUAAUGAAUUAAUAGUAUGGAGACGCUCUGUAGACGAUACGUUUACAUUGGUGGAUAAAGAUCCCUACAAAAAAAUAUUUUAUCGGCACUGGUUGUGCACGGGUGCGCACCGGUGCCGAAUAAUUUUUUUUCCGGGCACCGAUGCGCACCGGUGCCGAAUAAUUAUUUUUUCUGGGCACCGAUGCGCAU